UUCUCAGAGGCAACAUAUUGGAAGGGACUCAAGGAGGCCAGAGUACAAAUGAAAGUGGCUGAAAGAAACUUCUCCUCCUGCUGACUCUGGGCCCCACGCCUUGCCGCGAGCCCCCAUUACCUCAUCGUCUCCUGGUUUUGGUAUGGUCCUUGGAGUACGGAGCCUGCGGAGGGUGCCACGCUGGAGGGGAGAGAGGAGGACAGAACAUUCUUCACAAUCCAAGAGAAAAAGAAGACUCGUUCGGGAUGUUUGACAGCUAUGAUAGCUGCAGUGAGGACACAAGCAGCAGCUCCAGCUCUGAGGAGAGUGAAGAAGAAGUUGCUCCUUUACCUUCCAGUCUCCCAAUUAUCAAAAAUAAUGGACAAGUCUACACAUACCCAGAUGGUAAAUCUGGCAUGGCUACCUGUGAGAUGUGUGGGAUGGUCGGUGUACGAGACGCUUUUUACUCUAAAACAAAACGUUUCUGCAGUGUUUCCUGUUCACGAAGUUACUCGUCAAACUCUAAGAAGGCAAGCAUUCUGGCCAGACUUCAGGGUAAGCCUCCAACAAAGAAAGCAAAAGUCCUUCAGAAACAACCUUUAGUUGCUAAAUUAGCUGCCUAUGCUCAAUAUCAAGCUACCUUGCAAAAUCAAGCAAAGACAAAAGCAGCAGUCUCCGUGGAAGGCUUCAGCUGGGGUAACUACAUCAACAGCAAUAGCUUCAUAGCAGCUCCAGUCACCUGUUUCAAACAUGCACCUAUGGGGACCUGCUGGGGUGAUAUCUCAGAAAAUGUAAGAAUAGAAGUUCCCAAUACAGACUGCAGUCUACCUACCAAAGUCUUCUGGAUUACUGGAAUUAUAAAAUUAGCAGGUUACAAUGCCCUUUUGAGAUAUGAAGGAUUUGAAAAUGAUUCUUCUCUGGACUUCUGGUGCAAUAUAUGUGGUUCUGAUAUUCAUCCAGUUGGUUGGUGUGCAGCCAGUGGAAAACCUCUAGUUCCUCCUAGAACUGUUCAACACAAAUACACAAACUGGAAAGCUUUUCUAGUAAAAAGACUUACUGGUGCCAAAACGCUUCCUCCUGAUUUCUCACAAAAGGUUUCAGAGAGUAUGCAGUAUCCUUUCAAACCUUGCAUGAGAGUAGAAGUAGUUGACAAGAGGCAUUUAUGUGGAACAAGAGUAGCAGUGGUGGAAAGUGUAAUUGGAGGAAGAUUAAGGUUAGUGUAUGAAGAGAGUGAAGACAGAACAGAUGACUUCUGGUGCCACAUGCACAGCCCCUUAAUCCACCAUAUCGGGUGGUCUCGAAGCAUAGGCCAUCGAUUCAAAAGAUCUGAUAUUACAAAGAAACAGGAUGGACAUUUUGAUACACCACCACACUUAUUUGCUAAGGUAAAAGAAGUAGACCAGAGUGGAGAAUGGUUCAAAGAAGGAAUGAAAUUGGAGGCUAUAGACCCAUUAAAUCUUUCUACAAUAUGUGUUGCAACCAUUAGGAAGGUGCUGGCUGAUGGGUUCCUGAUGAUUGGGAUCGAUGGCUCAGAAGCUGCAGAUGGAUCUGACUGGUUCUGUUAUCAUGCAACCUCUCCUAUUUUCCCUGUGGGUUUCUGUGAAAUUAACAUGAUAGAACUGACUCCACCCAGAGGUUACACAAAACUUCCUUUUAAAUGAUUUGACUACCUCAGGGAAACGGGCUCCAUCGCAGCACCAGUAAAACUAUUUAAUAAGAAUGUUCCAAAUCACGGAUUUCGUGUAGGAAUGAAAUUAGAAGCUGUAGAUCUCAUGGAGCCACGUUUAAUAUGUGUAGCCACAGUUACUCGAAUUAUUCAUCGCCUCUUGAGGAUGCAUUUUGAUGGAUGGGAAGAAGAGUAUGAUCAGUGGGUAGACUGUGAGUCCCCUGACCUCUAUCCUGUAGGGUGGUGUCAAUUAACUGGAUAUCAACUACAGCCUCCAGCAUCACAGUCGUCAAGAGAAAGCCAGUCAGCUUCUUCUAAACAGAAGAAAAAGGCUAAGUCCCAGCAAUACAAAGGACAUAAGAAAAUGACCACGUCACAGCUGAAGGAGGAGCUGCUAGAUGGAGAGGAUUAUAGCUUCCUCCAAGGAGCAUCUGACCAAGAAAGCAGUGGCUCUGCCACCUUCUACAUCAAACAAGAGCCUUGAGGUGGCUCAGAAACUAGGGGUGGGAGGGACUGUUUUACAGGACAGGUUUGUAGUCACCCAGCUGUACAGCGGGCUAUUCUACUGGGACAUUUUGCUAAACACAGAAAGUUCAGUUCCAGAUUUUUCAGGUGGGGGGGAAACUAUUUUGGUGGGGGGGGGGGAAUUUUUCAAUUUAUAAAGAUGGACGAUUUUUGUGUUGUAUUUGAAGCUUUUGAAAGAAUUUUGUAAUAUUUUCCAAGUUUGGAUUUAUGUGCAUUGUUAACAAGAACUGAAAUUCUAACUUUUUUGGUAAGAUUAAAGCUUAGGUAACAGGAUUGAAGGAAAUGAUUAAGAAGGAUAUAGUUGUAAAUGCAAAUGAACUGUCAUUACAAAUGAACCUUCUUGGUACCUGUUGGGAGAUUUUUGGAUUUUAGAGUUAGGCCAGUCACAUCUCCAGCUUCCUUUGCUGCAGAAAUAUGCAACUGAACCCCUCACAGAGGGCUCAUCACCAUGUAGAUCACGGAAGGGGUCAUUAAUUGUGCUCGCUGACAUUUUAUUGCAGCCCAUUUAAAUGUUUGUACAGAAAUUUUUUCAUUCUGCUAAAAUUUAUUUGGAGUUGUAUAUGAAACUAGGAGAACUCUGGAUACUUUUAUAUGCUCUCCUUCGAGUAAAAAUGAUUUAAAUUU